UGGGAAAGCAAGGAAUAGAAAUUGAAACCACAGUGCCUGUAAGGGUGUGUUGCCUGGUUAAUGAGGGGGAGGCAGACACUAUGCAGGAUAUAAAGGGAAGGAACGAUGAAUUUAUUUUGUUUUGUGUGUUUUUAAUGCACAACGAAUACGUUAAGCGAGAGCAGUCCACGCAGCUUAAAAAGCUUACGAUGAAGCAUUUUCUGGCUCUAGUUACACUAUUUUUACUGUGUAUCAGUUACGCUGAUGGAGUGGAAUGCUAUAGCUGUGGCGUGAUGUCAGCAAUUGGGCUUUGUUAUACAAAAACUACCUGUAACCUUCUAGAAGUGUGCUAUAAAGGACAAAGUGGUUCUGUAGUAACCAGCAAAGGAUGCUUGGCACCAACUAGUUGUGAGCAGUCUGCACAGGAAACAGCUAUGGGAAUCCCAUAUACAGUUGUAAGGCACUGCUGCCUAGGAAAUCUCUGCAAUGGUGAAGUUACCAAUGGUGGAGUUACCAUCCAGAUGUCUCUUCUGACUGGCUUGGCUAUGCUACUUGCAUGGAUCCUCCAUUUCUGAAAGGAUUAAUAGAAAAUGCAUCCUCUGCAAGAAUGACACUUGAUUAUAUGAUUUAAGCACUGGAUGUGGUGUUUGAGAACCAAUUUUCUAUUUUGUGUCCCUUUGCUUUAAUUUGAGACUCAGCUUUUCUUAUCAAAUGGUUUCUAUCCAUGUAGCAUUUGAGAAAUGAAUACUACUUUGUGUCACUUUUGUUUUAAUUUGAAAUGCAGGUUUUCUUAUUAAAUAUUUUCUAUUGGUUAA